UCGGUGCGUUCUUACAUCAGCAGGAUCUUCUCUGACUCGCAGUCUUGUGCACUCCGGUACCGAUUUCUUUAUAACUUAAAAACUUCCUCUUUGACAUACUCGAAAAUGAUGUAUCAUGUUGGACCGUGCUGGUCGGUCUUCUAAAUUUUCUCUCUGCCCUUUUUUCCCUUCUCUCCCAAGUUUCAUUAAAUUUAUCUCCACAAGCGUCAAGUUCGAAUAAAAUACUGCAUACCCAGAUGCCAAAGGGAUCAAAUUGGUCAACACCAGCAUACAACCAAUUCUUAUCUAUAGACGCCCACCAUGUCUAUGCCACCGUAUCAGUCUGUGCAUGAAAAAGAAGGAGAAAAGAACGAUGAUGCGACCCAGGCCGCUACAAAUUCGGCCCAGUCACGAUUUUCAUCACGGAGCUAUCCUGUUCCCCCUGCGAUGCCUCGCCAGCCCCUGGGCCCCGGGACGGACCUACGGCAUGCUCAAGAGCAGAGUUUUCUCUCAGAGAUCGUACGCAUACCGCCCAACCUUGUGUACCAGCUGAAACAGGAACUUGGUUUGGACGGUAAAGAGCCUAAUGCAAUGACAUUCGAUGAAAAGCGGCGUCUCGUCGAGGCUCAUCGACAGCGUUCGGUAGCUCGGGGCAGCCCAUCUUCGUCCAACGAUGGUGCAUCGGCUUCGUCCUCCGCUUCUACGGAUAUGUCCGCAGCGCCUUUCACGUUCGAUUUCAUACGAAGCGUGGCCAACUCGUUGGAUAAGUUCGAUCCUUCCUUCUCGCCUCCGGAUAUGUCCGCACCGCUUUUCACGCACGAUUUCAUACAACGCGCGGUCGACUUGGAUGAGUUUGAUCCUUCCUUCCUGCGACCCGACGGAGACAUCGAUUUUGAACGUGACUUUGCACAGUGGUUUAAAACGUUUAAUACUCCAGACGACGUUGGCGGAACACUAGAAUCGAGAUGAUCCCUGCGUUCAUGUCUCUAGAACAAGUAGUGAGGAAGUUUCUCCCUUGGUGUACUAUUUCGUAUGCUUUCUUCUUGCUGUCGUUGUACCUGCUAUCCUUCGUCGAUCGUUGUAUUUCUGUGGCCUUGCUAUGAUUGGGUUUUGUUUAUAAAUGGUACUCAGUAGAUUCAAGCUCGAGAGCAUACCAGCUGUAUUGUUGAAUAAGGAUACAAAUGAUGGACUGAAUGACGCGGAUAUGACUUGCGAUGAGCCUUCGAAAC